CAUUUUAUUUUCAGAAGAUGGGGAAUAAAGCCGGAACGGCCAAUAAUGGUUCCAUGGUUGGGGCUAAUAAACACAAGAUUAAAGCUUUAUUGGAUACACUGCAGACAACGAUCUUUCCGACUAAUGCUCCCCAGUAUAUAUUGCUAGCGCCGAAUUUCGAUGUUUUAACGGAACUGUCAUAUUCCCCAAGCAUAAUGAUGGAUAAGAGCAAGGCAUACAGUCUGUUUUCAAAAUUGAAAAUUACCGCCAAGCAGUUUGCGCGAACUCUGGGCGAAACGGAGACGACGUGCAUUCAUUUAACAAAAAAUCGUAUUGCUCUGUCUUACUAUACCCUUAAUGAAUAUCACCUUUUAAUUCGCUGGAGACUCAAUUCACCUCAAAAUUCACCCUCGUCUGCAUCUCGGCAUACGGAGCAGACGACUGCCAAGCCUCACAAAGAUGCAAAUCAAAGAGCAGUCCCCAACGUGAAAACCUUUAAAAACAAUAAUCAAGCAGAUUACGACCCGCAAUUAAAAAAAGGAAUCAUUACCUCACAUAUCGACAUAGCUGAAAUUCAACUACCUAAAGACCCUUUGUCUUCUGGCAAUUUUGAGUACAAUCAAGGCAUCGCAGAAUCCUCCAAAAUCUCUCUCCAGUGUAGAGCAGAAGCUGGUCCAAAAAUUUCAGUUAUCUGAUCAAAGUCUUUCUACACAAAAAAAACAAUUAGGCGAUCAACAGCAUAAAAACUCUAAAAAAGGCCUAACUCAUUCUUUGUCCGAGAUUUCAAAUACUAACCUACUCACACAUUCACAUUCCUCCAGAUCCAAUCGCUCAACUCAAAACUUCUAUUCGUUAGAUCUGAGCUACGAGCAACAUACGCAGCUGGAAGCGUUAGUGAAACAGCUUCAAGAACUCAUCUGCGGCCCUACCGAGGACACAAAAGCGACGUCUGCUAAUAUGAUUCCAUCGCAUUAAUUUUUUUGUACAUAAUACCUGGCCAAAACGUUCUAUUUCGCAUGGCUUUCUUCACGAAGUAUACAGACAAACAUUCAUCACCUCUCUUUGCUAACUUGUAAUAGCACUUCCAAAUUUACCUCAAUCCUGGCCACAUAUGCAUAUACAUGCACUCUGUGACGUAUGCCUAAAAAUUUCCAGUCCCUUCUAUAGGAAAAUCAAAUUUCACGUUUUCAAACCAUACUGGGUGUAGUGAUACAACUUUGACAUUCACCGAGCGCGUGUUAAAUGCGGUCUAACCAAUCCAAAAAAAACUAUCAGAGAGCUGUAUUCCUUGGUCAUCCAAUACAGUUGUGUGCUAUCGCGCUCAAAAAUCACCCGUUAUCAUAUUUCAACAAUUUAAGAAACCAGAUGAAUCAAUCGCACAAAAACAUCUCUCGGUACGAUUUACGGGAAGUGUGAUUUUUUUUACCGAAAUGCUCCUAAAA